AUGGCAUCUUUGCCUCCUCCUCCUCCCCCGGGAUGGGGCGCAGCUCCCCCGUCCAUGCCGAUGGCGCCGCCGCCGCCUGGCUACCAGCCGCCCGCCGACCCGAACGUUGCAAAAUUUGCGCAGAAAAAGCAUGAAUGGCUGCGCACGCAGCGCAGUCGAUUCGGCGAGAAGCGCAAGGGUGGAUUUGUCGAGACUCAGAAGGCAGACAUGCCACCGGAGCAUCUAAGAAAGAUUGUGAAGGAUAUUGGCGAUGUCUCGCAGAAGAAGUUCACCAACGAGAAGCGCAGCUAUCUCGGCGCCUUGAAGUUUAUGCCGCACGCAGUCCUCAAGCUCUUGGAGAACAUGCCCAUGCCCUGGGAGUCCGCGAGAGAAGUGAAGGUGUUGUACCACGUUAACGGAUGCUUGACCCUCGUCAACGAGACCCCCCGCGUUAUCGAGCCGGUCUUCCACGCCCAGUGGGCCACGAUGUGGAUGUGCAUGCGUCGCGAGAAGAGUGACCGAAGGCAUUUCAAGCGCAUGCGCUUCCCUCCGUUCGAUGAUGAGGAACCCCCUCUUUCGUGGUCGGAAAAUAUUGAGGACGUCGAGCCGCUGGAGCCCAUCCAAAUGGAGCUGGACGAGGAGGAAGAUGCGGCAGUCUACGAAUGGUUCUACGACCACCGGCCCCUGCUAGAUACCCCUCAUGUUAAUGGGCCGAGUUACAAGAGCUGGAACCUGUCGUUGCCGCAGAUGGCCACCCUCCACCGUCUCAGCCAUCAGCUCCUCAGCGACGUGGUCGAUCAGAACUAUCAUCACAUGUUCGACCUCGACAGUUUCUUUACUGCAAAGGCCCUCAACGUUGCGAUCCCUGGUGGUCCCCGCUUCGAGCCGUUGUACAAGGAUAUCGACCCCAACGACGAGGACUUCAGCGAGUUCAACGCGAUCGAUCGCAUCAUCUUCCGUGCCCCGAUUCGGACCGAAUACCGGGUCACCUUCCCCCACUUGUAUAAUACCCUUCCCCGCAGCGUGAAGCUUGCCUGGUACUCCCACCCUCAGGUGGUUUACGUCCGCACCGAGGACCCCAACCUUCCCGCUUUCUAUUUCGACCCUGUCAUUAAUCCGAUUUCCUCUCGUUCCGUCGCACCGAAGAACAUCACCGUCAGCCAUGAGGAUGAGAUUUUUGGGCCUGAUAACGAGGACGACUUUGAGCUACCUGGAGAGGUUGAGCCUUUCUUUGAUGACGAGGAGCUUUACACUCAGGACACUGCUUCUGCCAUCGCUCUGUGGUGGGCCCCUCACCCCUUCGACAAGCGAUCCGGGAAGAUGGUUCGCGCUCAGGAUGUGCCGCUCGUGAAGCAGUGGUAUCUGGAGCACUGCCCGCAGGGUCAGCCUGUCAAGGUCCGGGUGUCCUACCAGAAAUUGCUCAAGACAUAUGUGCUCAACGAGUUGCACAAGAGCAAAUCAAAGGCCCAGAGCAAGCAGAACCUGUUGAGAACUCUGAAGACAACCAAGUUCUUCCAGCAGACUACUAUUGACUGGGUGGAGGCCGGUUUGCAGGUCUGCCGUCAGGGUUUCAACAUGCUGAACCUGUUGAUUCACCGAAAGAAUUUGACCUACCUGCACCUCGACUACAACUUCAACUUGAAGCCGGUUAAGACCCUGACUACCAAGGAGCGGAAGAAGUCCCGCUUUGGAAAUGCUUUCCACCUGAUGCGUGAAAUCUUGCGCCUCACCAAGUUGAUCGUCGACGCCCAGGUCCAAUAUCGCCUGGGUAACAUCGAUGCCUUCCAAUUGGCUGAUGGCAUUAUGUAUGCCUUCAAUCACGUUGGUCAGCUUACCGGUAUGUACCGUUACAAGUACAAGCUGAUGCACCAGAUUCGCUCGUGCAAGGAUCUCAAGCAUCUUAUCUACUACCGGUUCAACUCUGGCCCCGUCGGUAAGGGUCCUGGCUGUGGUUUCUGGGCCCCUGCCUGGCGAGUAUGGCUGUUUUUCAUGCGCGGUAUCAUUCCUCUGCUUGAGAGAUGGCUUGGAAACUUGCUCUCUCGUCAAUUCGAAGGACGUCACAGCAAGGGUGUCGCGAAGACGGUCACCAAGCAGCGUGUGGAGUCUCACUUCGAUCUGGAACUCCGCGCUUCGGUUAUGGCCGAUCUGAUGGAUAUGAUGCCCGAGGGUAUCAAGCAGAACAAGGUCAAUGUUGUCCUGCAGCAUUUGUCCGAGGCAUGGAGAUGCUGGAAGAGUAACAUUCCCUGGAAAGUUCCUGGUCUGCCGGCGCCUAUCGAAAACAUCAUUCUUCGGUACGUUAAGAGUAAGGCCGAUUGGUGGAUUUCUGUUGCCCACUACAACCGAGAGCGAAUCCGUCGUGGCGCAACUGUGGACAAGACCGUGGCUAAGAAGAACUUGGGUCGUCUCACUCGUCUCUGGCUCAAGUCGGAGCAAGAACGGCAACACAACUAUCUCAAGGAUGGUCCUUAUGUCUCCUCCGAGGAAGCCGUCGCCAUCUACACGACCAUGGUCCACUGGCUGGAGUCUCGCAAGUUUUCGCCUAUUCCUUUCCCGAGUGUGUCGUACAAGCAUGACACCAAGAUUCUUAUCCUGGCUCUCGAGCGUCUCCGCGAGUCUUACUCCGUGAAGGGCCGUUUGAACCAGAGUCAGCGAGAAGAACUUGCUCUCAUCGAGCAGGCUUAUGACUCUCCUGGGACAACUCUAGCAAGAAUCAAGCGUUUCCUUCUGACUCAGCGUGCUUUCAAGGAAGUCGGGAUCGACAUGAACGACAACUACAACAACAUCAAUCCCGUCUACGACAUCGAGCCCAUCGAGAAGAUCACCGACGCCUACCUGGAUCAGUACCUCUGGUAUCAGGCUGAGCAGCGUCACCUGUUCCCUGCUUGGAUCAAGCCCUCCGAUUCCGAAGUGCCGCCGCUUUUGACUUACAAGUGGACCCAGGGUAUCAACAACCUGUCCAACGUUUGGGAAACGGCCGAUGGCGAGACCAAUGUCAUGAUAGAGACCGAGCUGUCUAAGGUCUAUGAGAAGAUGGAUCUUACUCUGUUGAACCGCAUGUUGCGCCUCAUUAUGGACCACAACUUAGCCGACUACAUCACCUCCAAGAACAACGUCCAGCUCAGCUACAAGGACAUGAACCACACCAAUAGUUAUGGACUGAUCCGAGGCCUUCAGUUCUCUGGCUUCGUGUUCCAGUACUAUGGCUUGAUGAUCGAUCUGCUGCUCCUCGGCUUGCAGCGAGCUAGCGAAAUGGCUGGACCGCCCGCGAGCCCCAAUGACUUCUUGCAGUUCAGGGACCGAGCUACUGAGACUAGACACCCCAUCCGUCUCUACACUCGCUACGUCGACAAGAUUUGGGUGUUUUACCGUUUCCAGGCCGACGAAUCCCGAGAUCUGAUCCAGCGAUUUUUGACAGAGAACCCAGAUCCCAACUUCGAGAAUGUCAUCGGCUACAAGAAUAAGAAGUGCUGGCCUCGCGACUGCCGAAUGCGCUUGAUGCGCCACGAUGUCAAUCUUGGUCGUGCUGUGUUCUGGGAUAUGAAGAACCGUCUCCCUCGGUCCAUCACCACCAUCGAGUGGGACGACACGUUCGCUAGCGUGUACAGCAAGGACAACCCGAACCUGCUCUUUUCCAUGAGUGGGUUUGAAGUCCGCAUUCUUCCCAAGAUUCGCAACCAGAACGAGGAGUUCUCCGUCAAGGAUAGCGUUUGGUCUCUGGUUGACAACUCGUCGAAGGAGCGUACCGCUCAUGCCUUCCUCCAGGUCACUGAGGAGGACAUCCAAAAGUUCAACAACCGAAUUCGACAAAUUCUCAUGUCUUCUGGAUCAACCACAUUCACGAAAAUCGCCAACAAGUGGAACACUGCGCUGAUUGCUCUUUUCACUUACUACCGCGAAGCCGCCGUGUCGACCGUCAACCUCCUCGACACCAUUGUCAAGUGUGAGACUAAGAUCCAGACCCGUGUCAAGAUUGGUUUGAACUCCAAGAUGCCGUCCCGUUUCCCUCCAGCUGUCUUCUACACUCCGAAGGAGCUUGGAGGUCUUGGUAUGAUCUCAGGAUCCCACAUCCUCAUUCCCACCAGUGACAAGCGCUGGUCGAAGCAGACGGACACCGGCAUCACCCACUUCCGAGCGGGUAUGUCUCACGAUGAGGAGACCCUGAUCCCGAACAUCUUCCGAUACAUCAUUCCCUGGGAGGCCGAGUUCAUCGACUCUCAGCGUGUGUGGAUGGAAUAUUCCCAGAAGCGCAUGGAGGCUCAGCAGCAGAACCGCCGCCUAACCCUGGAGGAUCUCGAGGACAGCUGGGACCGUGGUCUUCCGCGUAUCAACACCCUCUUCCAAAAGGAUCGCAGUACCCUCAGCUUCGACAAGGGCUUCCGUCUUCGUGCUGAGUUCAAGCAGUACCAGCUGAUGAAGAGCAAUCCCUUCUGGUGGACUAGUCAGCGCCAUGAUGGUAAAUUGUGGAACCUGAACGCUUACCGGACGGAUGUCAUCCAAGCCCUGGGUGGUGUUGAAACUAUUCUGGAACACACCCUGUUCAAGGCGACAGCUUUCCCAUCCUGGGAGGGUCUCUUCUGGGAGAGAGCUAGCGGAUUCGAAGAGUCAAUGAAGUUCAAGAAGCUCACAAACGCUCAGCGGUCCGGUUUGAAUCAGAUUCCUAACCGUCGAUUUACCCUUUGGUGGUCCCCGACAAUCAACCGUGCCAACGUUUACGUUGGUUUCCAGGUGCAGCUGGAUCUGACUGGUAUCUUCUUGCACGGCAAGAUCCCCACUCUGAAGAUUUCCCUGAUUCAGAUCUUCCGUGCCCACUUGUGGCAGAAGAUUCACGAGUCUGUGGUCAUGGACUUGUGUCAGGUGUUUGACCAGGAACUGGAGCAGCUUGGCAUCGAGGCUGUUCAGAAGGAGACAAUUCACCCUCGUAAGUCGUACAAGAUGAACAGUUCUUGUGCAGACAUUCUUCUUUUCGCUACCAACAAGUGGAACGUUACUCGACCUUCUCUGCUGUUCGACACCAAGGAUACUUACGAGCCUACCACGACCAACAAGUUCUGGCUCGAUGUGCAAUUGAGAUACGGUGAUUACGAUUCUCACGACAUUGAACGUUAUGUUCGUGCCAAGUACCUCGAUUACACCACGGACAGCAUGAGUAUCUACCCCUCGGCAACGGGUUUAAUGAUCGGUAUCGAUCUUUCAUACAACCUGUACUCUUCCUACGGUCAAUACUUCCCGGGUCUGAAGACUCUGGUCCAGCAGGCCAUGGCCAAGAUUAUGAAGGCCAACCCUGCCUUGUACGUCUUGCGUGAGCGUAUUCGCAAGGGUCUGCAACUGUACGCCUCCGAGAGCAACCAGGAGUUCCUCAACUCGCAGAACUACUCCGAGCUUUUCAGUCCGCAGAUUCAGCUGUUCAUCGAUGAUACCAAUGUCUACCGUGUGACCAUCCACAAGACAUUUGAGGGUAACUUGACCACCAAGCCCAUCAACGGUGCCAUCUUCAUCUUCAACCCCCGCACUGGACAGCUGUUCCUGAAGAUUAUCCACACCAGCGUCUGGGCUGGUCAGAAGCGUUUGGGUCAGUUGGCCAAGUGGAAGACAGCCGAAGAAGUUGCAGCCCUCAUUCGGUCUCUGCCUGUGGAAGAGCAACCGAAGCAGCUUAUUGUCACUCGCAAGGGUCUUCUUGAUCCUCUCGAGGUCCAUCUGCUUGACUUCCCCAAUAUCUCUAUUCGUGCUUCCGAGCUUCAGCUGCCCUUCCAAGCUGCCAUGAAGGUCGAGAAGCUUGCGGAUAUGAUUCUCCGUGCCACCGAGCCUCAGAUGGUUCUCUUCAACCUGUACGACGAGUGGUUGAAGUCCAUCUCCCCAUAUACUGCCUUCUCUCGUCUGAUCCUGAUCCUCCGUGCUCUCCAUGUCAACAUUGACAAGGCUAAGAUCAUUCUCCGGCCCGACAAGACCGUGAUCACCCAGGAGCAUCACAUCUGGCCAUCUCUCUCUGACGAAGACUGGAUCAAGGUUGAAGUGCAACUGCGUGAUCUGAUCUUGAAUGACUACGGCAAGAAGAACAACGUCAAUGUGCAGAGUUUGACCAGCAGUGAAGUGCGAGAUAUCAUUCUGGGUAUGGAGAUCAGUGCACCCUCGCUGCAGCGACAGCAGGCGGCCGAGAUCGAGAAGCAGCAGGAGGAGCAGAAGCAGCUCACUGCCGUUACCACCAAGACUCAGAAUGUGCGAGGAGAGGAUAUCAUCGUCACGACAACGUCGCAGUACGAGCAGCAGUCGUUUGCAUCGAAGACCGAGUGGCGUACUCGGGCGAUUGCCACCUCGAACUUGCGGACGAGAUCCAACAACAUCUAUGUUUCUUCGGAUGAUGUCCGCGACGAAGGGUUCACCUACGUCAUGCCGAAGAACGUCCUGAAGCGAUUCAUCACCAUCGCUGAUCUUCGUGUUCAGGUUUCGGGGUAUCUCUACGGUAGCUCCCCGCCGGACAACGACCAGGUCAAGGAGGUUCGCACCAUCGUCAUGGUUCCGCAGGUCGGUAACACUCGGGAUGUCCAGCUGCCGCAUCAGCUGCCUCAGCAUGACUACCUGAACAACCUAGAGCCGCUGGGUGUCAUCCACACGGUCUCGGGCAACGAGCCGCCCUACAUGUCGGCGGCAGAUGUCACGCAGCAUGCUCGUCUCAUGAACGCACACCCGUCGUGGGACAAGAAGACCGUGACCAUGACCGUCUCCUUUACUCCUGGAUCCGUGUCGCUUGCCGCUUGGGGCCUGACCCCGGACGGGUAUAAAUGGGGCGCUGAGAACAAGGACAUGUCCUCUGACCAGCCCCAAGGCUUCUCUACCAGCAUGGGUGUGAAGUGUCAGCUGCUGCUCAGUGACCGUGUGCGCGGCUACUUCUUGGUUCCCGAGGACAACCUUUGGAACUAUAGUUUCAUGGGUAGCUCCUUCGGCAGCGUUGAGAAGAGGCCUAUCUACGUCAAGAUCGAUACCCCGCUUCGAUUCUACGAUGACCAGCACCGCCCCCUGCACUUCCAGAACUUUGCCGAGUUGGAGGAUAUCUGGGUUGAUCGGUCGGAUAACUUUGAGUAA